CAGUGUAAUUAAGAUUGCCAAAGACGGUUUUACAUUGAUUAGUUGUCACUGAGGGUGCUUUUGAUGUUAGAGUUGGCACUUAAUAUUCGGUUGAACUAUAUAGUUUAACAUUUUGUUUUUGGAGAACAACGAUUUCCGGCGAUCCGACCAGACCCGACCAGAUUAGUUACAGAGAUUGCAAAGUCAUUCUCCACGCCAAUGUUUAUAUAAAAUGAAAACGGAUAAAACGUUGUUGAUGUUGAUGAUCAUGAUUUGUAUGUUAUUAUCAACUGCUUGGACCCAACAGUCCAAUAAAAUAUACUGGAAGGAAACUGAUUAUCCUAUUAUUUUUGGGAGAAAUGUCACAUUGUUCUGCAAUACCUCAGCUGUAGGCACACAGAAAACUACAUGGAUGAAACAAUCUGAUGUUAUUCUUCAUCAAGGCCUUUCAUUUUAUCCAGAUAAAUAUACGGGGCAGGACGUAACCGAUGGUUCUACUCUUACAAUAAUGAAUACUACAGUUACAGAUUUCAAUAUAUCGUAUACAUGCUUGUCUGAUGUGCAUUCUUACGAUAAUGUGUUGAUAAUCAAUACGACACAUUUCAUUACUAUACCACAAUAUACAGACAUAGUUUGGACUGUUUUGGAUCAAAAAAUUCUUGUACAGAUAAAUCUCAAAAGUGUUUUUCCUGUACCUAAUUGUAGUGUUCAUAUAAAUGAUAUCAUAUUGCUGACGAUACAACAACAGUCUUUUCAUAUACAAGAUUUAUUUUACUAUGGCACAUUAAACAUAACAUCACGUACUCAAGAAAAAAUGUGUGAACGGAACUUGACUGUUGUAUGCGAUUUUGGAUGUUCAUAUACUGAUGUUAUUGCGACUAAGGUUCUCCAGAACUGUAAUGUUACAAAUCAGAUGUCUAAUAUUCACGAUUUUGAACACGUUUGGAUUAUUAUUGGAACAUUUGCUUCGGUCUUUUUCUAUUGAUUAUCACUGCUGUUUGUCUGGGUUUCAUAUGUUCUUCCGAGAGAAGGGGUGGAAGUCGAUAUGUUUAGUGUCGGAAAAAUAUAUGUGCCAUGCUAUGUUUUCAUUUUGUAAGUCAUCGUUGUGAUGAAGUUUGUAGAAUGAUUGGUUUGUUUCCUGAGAAAUAUACAGCGACAGAAAGAUCGGAGGGAAGUGACAGUGAUUCUGAGUUUGAACGAAAACAAAACGAAAGCGAAAACUAAAAUCCGAUGAACAUAUACACAAUAAAAGAACAAUAUUAUUAACAGAUGAAAAGGAGCGUGCAGUUAUUGAAAUUGAUGUGUAUAAUUGAAUUGUUUAUACUAUGAAUGUCGCAAUGACUGUGUUAUCCUCUGGUGUUUCAACUGGAAAGGAAAUAAAGUAAUCUCGAAUGUAUACUGCGAAUUCGUACCUUCAUGAUAAUUCAUAUUAGGUUUUUAUUUCAUAUUGUCCUUUCAUUAACUUACCACAUACUUCUAAUGUGCAUCUGGUUGAUAGUUUAUUUCUUUGGCAAUCACACCAAAUGGCCUUAAUUUGUAUAUUUUGAGGCUUCCAUGGCAUCAAAUAGGUUAACUUAUCUGAGUGAAGUUCUUCAAAAGCGUAUUUACACUAUUGUUUCCAACAAAACCCUAACUUGAGUGUUUUCUUUUUUAAAGAACCCAUCUUUGAAUGAUGUUUUAGUAAAAAAGUAAUACAAGGAGCUUGUAUUAUAAAUGAAUCGGUGCAAUAAAAUGUUUCUAAUAUAUUCCGGCCAAAUUUUUUUUUUAAAUGAUAAAAUCAUCCUUCAAGUGUAAUAAGUACUAAAAGUGUAAACUGGUGAUUUCAGCUAUUUUGACCUAUUGGUAGAUCAUGUUCUGCUGAUCAUUUUUCUAAAUAAAAUUUAAAUAUAUAUAUAUAAACUAUAGUUUUCACCCGAAAAAACACAAUAAAAAGGGAAAAAGCGUUAACUCCUACAUGUAUAAGUAGUCGACUGAUGAUUGCCACUGAUUUAUAGAACUGUUCUGUCCAAAAUUUUUUUUUAUUCAUCGAAAACAAAACACACGACAAAACAAACAAACAAAAACAAAACAAAGAUCGGUAACUCGUCGUCAUUGAAGGAAACUAACUCAUAAAAGAAGUUGACCUUUUUUACGCCUUUUCUGGUCAGGAAGCUUAUUGUCACCGUGUCCACAAUAAAUAUCAAGGGGACAAUAUAUCACUUGAUGACAAAUCUUUCUAUUGAUUUUAUACGAUGUCUUUUUCUGUUCAUUGACUACAUUUGAUUAUUUGCCACUGGACGUUACGCAAUAAACAGUCCAUCAAUUAAUCGAUCAUUAUCUUAGUUGAUGUUUGGAAAGAAUGAAAUACUUUCACAAUUAUUUUUGUUUAAUGUUUUCUUUUGUCCUAUUUGCUUUGAAACUAUGCAACUUAGUAUGCAUGCCCAUCGAACAAGAUUUUUCCAGCUACACGAAUUCUCAAAGCAUUUUUUUAAAAGAAUACUUAAAAUAACAUAUAAACGUUUUCGAGUGAGAAUACCUUACCUCACGAAAUUCAUUUACAUUCUUCUGAAUCACAAAUUCUUACUGAAGAUGCCUGUGUGUAUUAUAGUUAUUCACUUCAAGAAUAUUUACA